AUGGGAGCCAUGUCUGGCGGCGGCCCGAUCGCCGGCGAGGCUGUGGGGCACGGAGGAGGCCUGAGGAGGGCGGAUCUGGUCGUCAGGGGCCGGAUCCCGCCGGAUCCGUGGCCGGAGCAGGGCGACAACACGGAGGCGGGGCAGCACGGGGCCGGCGGCGAGCUCCUCCGGGCAGCGGGGCGAGAAGGGGCGGCGAGCACGGGGCGCCAGAGGAAGGAGAAGGGCGGCGCGGCUCCUGAGGUCGGCGGGGUUGGCGGCGACGUGAGGCACGACGGGGAGGAGCGGGCGGCGGGGCGCAGGGACGGGCGAGCGGUGGCGCGCGCGGGCCGGGGCGCAGCUCAGAUCGAUGCCCCCUGGCGGGUCGCACCUGGGCUCCGCGGGCCGCGACAGCGGGGAGCGGGGCUGGGGCGACGUGGCGCCUUCCUGUUGGCCCGGGGCGCUGGCUGCGGCGGCGGAGGCCAGUGGGGGCGCGCCACUUCCGGCGGUGGGCUUGGCCGGCGCGGAAAACGAGGAGGAGGGUGGAGGCUGCGGCAGGAGGUAGGUGGAGGGCUAGGUUUAGGCUAG